AUGAGGCCCGCCAAAUCUGGGCGCCAAGCCCUGUCCGCUGCGCUGCUGAUUGCUCGAGUCUCCGCUUCCCCCGCGCCCACGGUCGUUCCAGUCAUCAUCAACAUCAACAAUAAUGACAUCGCCCCGCCCGUCAUCACUCCCUCUCCGGUCGAAAGCUACCCAUCCCCAGUCGUGCAAAGAGACAUCUUGAGCGACGUCGAAUCCGAUGUGAACAACGUGCUCUCCAGCCUGGGCUCCGACCUGCCCUCGUGGGUGGCCUCGGGAGUACCCAACUUCUUCCAGGGCUUCCCGACCGGAGAUGCAGUGGCAAGCUCGCUGGGGUUGAAAAGCUCCGACUUGGCCCCAUUGCCCACCAACGUGCUGAACGUCGAUCCGUAUGCCAAUUGGACGAACUCGGGAUGGAACGUUCGCUUCCACGGAAACGUUUACAAGCAGCCCAACACCUCCAUCUCCGACUUGAACACGCUCGCCAAUGUGUUCCUCAUCGACACCAAGAUCACAGACCUUCCCGAAUCCGAGCAGGACCAGGCACGCAACCUGACCGCAGAAAUCUUCGUCGUUCAGCAGCCCAACGUCGCUGUCAACGCCAUUCACCUCGAACCGGCCGCAUCGCAGGGAUCCAGUGGACAGCCUGGCGGAGGGGGAUCCUCCAACACAACUGGAGGCUGGCAAAAUGUGACUCUGCCCUACAACACCACGGCGGAAGGUGAUUUCGAUGCAUUUGUCCCAAUUGCCAGCAAUGGGCUCACUGCGGGUAAUGAAACAUCCGCAAUUCAGAGACUGAACACAUACGUUGAUGGCGCAUCUAUUGGAAAUGCCACUGCCUACCUGGUACCUCCAACCGGACUGACUGUGGUGUCCGACAUUGACGAUAUCCUCCGCAUCACCAAGAUCUAUGAACCGAAACAAGGCCUGCUCAAUUCCUUCGCGAAACCCUUCACGCCUUGGGAGAAUAUGCCGGACAUCUAUCGGAACUGGUCGACCAGCCUUCCCAACAUGCAUUUCCACUACCUGACUACAACCCCCGAGCAAAUCACCAGAAACUACAUGCAAUUCAUCUACAGCACCUACCCGGGUGGCUCCUUCGAUACCCGGCCUCUCAACUUUAGCGAUGUCUCGGCCACACUCUCUAUUCGCAAAUUUCUGCUGCAGAAGAUCUUCGAAACCUUCCCCGAUCGCAAGUUCAUCCUGAUCGCCGACACCAGCAACAGUGACAUAAUGCGUGACUACCCUGAAAUGGUGACCGAAUUUCCCGAACAAGUGCAGUGCAUUUUCCUUCGCAACGCCUCCGCCACCGAUUCUGGUGACAAAUUCCCAUACGACACCUCUGGUUUCAAGAAUCUCUCUCAGUCCCAGUACAUGUUCUUCCUGAACCCGGAUGACCUCACCAACUUGGACAUCGCGAACGGGGAGUGCUACAAUAAGACGAUCCCUCAGAACUUGACCUUCAGUUACCAGGGGCUCCCACUGGGACUGGGAAAGCAUUCCGGGGCGGGUGGUGGUUUGACCACCAAGGAAGCAGCUGGUGCGAGCAGUCUGGUGGCGCUGGUCGCCUCGAUGCUCACGGCGGCCAUCGUCUUCAUUUAA